AUGGCAACCGGCGGCGGGGUUAUCAGUGCUUUGGCACAGGGUUUCCUGGAUGGUGGCGCUGAGUUUGCCGUCCACUAUCCAGGAUGGCACAGCCACGAAAUCUAUGACGAGCUGGUGAUGGGAAGUCUCAAGCGAAAGGCACUGCUGGUCAAGAUGGGCAUGGCGCUCAAUGAGAAAGUGGCCUAUCAGCUGGCGUUCGGUGCGUCGUUGUCAGGCAGUCGAAGCGUCGUGAUCAUGAAGAACUACGGCCUCAAUGUAGCCGCUGAUCCAUUCCUGAACUCACACCUCACUGGUGUGAAUGCUGGGCUGGUGUUGGUGGUCACUGACGACAUGGAUGUGGAAGGCUCUCAAGGCUGCCAAGACUCACGGUUCUACAGAAACUUUCAUGGAGGUCUUUGGCUUGAACCCACGUCGCUCAACCAGGCCUAUGAGAUGGCUCUUCGUUCCUUUCAAUGGUCUGAAGAGGUGGACUUGCCCGUUGUGGUUCGUCUAACAAAUGACCACUUCAAAUGGAGAGGCUGGUGCGCAGAGCCUGCACAAGCUAGCGAAGCUACUGAUCAGGUGCAGGGGAGCAAGAAGCUGAGCAAAAUUGAGGCGAGCAAGUACGUGGUACACCCAAAGACCUGGAAGCCUCAUCGGGAUAGGCUUGAGGCCAAGCUAAGGAGAGUUCAAGAUCUUGUGGACGGAUGGCUGAAAAUUGAUCCUUCAGUGCUUGCAGGUGGCAAGCGACUUCGCGUACAGGUUGGCGCCUGCCAAGGCACCCCUGCAGACGCGGAAGACGAGGAGAUCUUGAAAGUGGCAACAGUGUCAACAUAUCCACUUCCAUCCCAGCUGAUGGCCUCAGUAUCGAGCUUCCAUGAGGUGGAAGUCGAGGAGAGUGGUGCGCCUUACGCUCUCAAUUUGCUACAGGCAGGUCAGGCAGGCCUUGGCACCGUGCAAAUCCGCAAGGUCCUUCGGUCAGAGCCAGAUCACUCGGACAGAGUUAUCGUCUGGGAUGGGCUGGAAAAGCUUUUCAGCGCCCUGGCCACGAUUCAGCCUCGUCAUGUGGUUGCAGACUUGGGCCAAUCGACUCAGGAAAGCAAGGGUGUUGUGACCUCCUGCCUUUGCCUCGGAAGCGCCGUAGCGGUUGCCUGGGGAGUAGCCUUUGGCAGCGCAGGCAGAGACUAUCCGUUCUGCAUCUCGGGUGAUGCCUCACUGCUGCAUGGUGGUGGACGCUCACUUUUGGAUGACGCAGUCUCCUGCGCAGAAUCUCAGUCCAUUGGGCUGUGCAUUGUAGUUAUCGACAACGGCGGCUCUGCAUCAACCGGUGGGCAGAUGGUGUCCUCCUGUCUACAUGCGCACCUGCCCAGCUUUGCAGAGAGCGUGCUCUAUGCUGACACAAGUGAGGGGGAGUUCUUGGCAUUGUUCAGGCGGUGUGCGAGUGAGCGGCGCUUUGCGCUAAUCCACUUGCAAGUUUGA